AUGGUGAGUAGGCUUGGGGAAUCGACAAACGAGGAGCCCCAAAACCCAGAUGCUGGACAUUUCGAGUGUAAUAUUUGCUUCGACUUGGUUCAGGACCCGAUUGUCACACGAUGUGGUCACCUCUUUUGCUGGCCUUGCCUUCGCAUUAACCACUAUCGUUACCGCACACAUCAUAACAACACAAUCGACUUUCACACACAGAAAUCGCCCACUGCCGCCGACCGGAGUGGCCGCAUAGCGCAGCUCGGCUACACCAUCUUGACCGGAUCGCCUUCAUCAUGCCGUUGUCGACUCAGAUUUGCGUUGGGCGAUGCUCUAAGCACCGCGUGCAGCGGCGAACAAAGCUGUUGUGCUUCGCCGCCGCACGUGAAGAUGAGCUUCGCCCAUCGCGAUGAUUGGAAGAAGAUGGCGACAAUCUGGUAG